AUGCGGGGCAGCGGCGGCCCGGGGGAUGGUCCCCGCCGCGGGCACGCUAGCAUGGACCAGCAACAGCGGCCACCAGAGCGAAGGCCUGCAGGACCUGCCACGCACCUGCAGCCCAAGGAGGGGACACUGUGGGGGUUCUUUGCCAUCCUGUCGCUGCUGGCUGGGCUGGCCACAGGCACCCUGCGAACGCCCCACUGCAACGAGACGCUGGACGCAGCCCCCACGCCCCGGGGCACGGCCACUGCCAGCCUGUCUGGGGAGGACGCUGUGGAGGCGCCCCUUGCUGCUGCUGCUGCCUGGAGCCAGCUGUACGGGGACAACGCGACAACAGGUAGCCCGGGCACCGCAGAGCUGGCAGAGGACCUGCUGCUGCGUGCCGAGCGCUCCCCGCCAGGUACCGGCAAAGCCAAAAAGGCGGCGGGGAAAUCCCAGCGGCGCCCCCGCGGGCGCAACUGCCACAUCCGCAACCUGAUGGUGAAGGUGCGCGACCUGGGCCUGGGCUUCAACUCGGACGAGAUCGUGCUCUUCAAGUACUGCAGCGGGUCCUGCCACCGGGCGCGCAGCAACUACGACCUGACGCUGGGCAGCCUGCUGCGGCAGCAGCUCAUCGCCCCGGGGCCGCAGGAGCGCGUCCUCAGCCACCCCUGCUGCCGACCCACCCGCUAUGAGGCUGUCUCCUUCAUGGAUGUGGAGAACACGUGGCAGACGGUGGAGAAGCUCUCAGCAGCCGAAUGCAGCUGUAUUGGCUGAGGGGGGGGCCGCUGGCUUGGCCCCAGCUCGACACAUGCCGACAGACUCCAGCUUGCCACAUGCGGUGGCACUGUGGCUCAAAACGAGGGUUUGGCAGAGGCUGGUGCCCCUGCUGUUAUGUGGCCACAAAGAACCGAGGUGAGACGGAGUCAUGACUGGAGUGUGGGUGGCCAAGCCCGCUCCUGCUCAGUGCCAAGCAGCUGGUGCCAGCGGCUGCAUGGAGUCCUAGCUCAGCCCUGGGAGAAGAGCUGAAGAGAGUAUGGACCAUCCCCACCACUGCCAAGGGUCUGCCAGCCCAGUGUCCAUCAGCAGCAUCCCUGCACCUGUGCUCCAGGGGCCAAGCAUCACCCAGGCUUCGGAGGGGGCAAACCCUCCCUGUCCCCUCGGGCACCCUGGGGUCAGUGGUGCAGGGAAGGGGUGUCCCUGAGGGCAGGGAUGCAGUGGGGCCAAUUUGCACCAGAGUGGAGUGGGGGCUCUGCACCCGGACCAGCAGCAGACCCUAGUAUUCUGCAGGGUGUUCGUUCCUAGACACCCGCUGGGACCCCCACCCCUGCCUGGUUCCCAGGGUAGUGGCAGGGUCCCUGCGCUGCUCCGUGGUGCUGUGGCACUAAACUAUUUAUUACUCUAAAUUAUUUAUUUAUUGUUCUCGAGCGGCAGCUCCUAUUUAUGACUUUGGGCCCCCAGCGGCCGGGUGUAAUUUAACCCCAGCGCUGCACUGAAGCCCUGGGCAGCGC